AUGCCUCUCGAGAGUUUCCCCGCUGUCGACAUUGACUUAACGUUGGAAAACAUUGAGGGAAUCGAAUGGCAUUCGAAAGCUGACAAACAGGAUGAUAUCCCAAAGCUGAAAGCAUCGGUUUCGUUUGCUGGAUCACCACGAAACAUGCGAGUGAGCUCCUUUACUAUGUGCGGCAGAACUGGCAAUUUGGUAGUGGAGUCUGGGUCACUGGAGGUCAAGAAGACAAUUGACGAUGGACAAUUUUCCAUGGGAGCUGAUUUUGGAAAUACCAAUGUGGAUUUUUCUCGGAAUCAAUCAUCCUUAACCCAAUCCUCCUCGGCAUCCACCAGCCUGCCGCAUCUCCGAUUGGACUCUUCGGUGAAAAGCUUGGCUACUGUAUCUACAUCAAGUAUGUCCAUCGAGGAGGCCAACCGAGAAUCAUCAAUCCUUCCCGAUGGCAGAAUAUAUGUGGAAUCUAACCCGGGAAUUGAAGUAGAUGCUUUUGGAAGCGUUAAUGAUUCCAAUUUGCUCAUGGAGGAAAGUUUGGAAUGGGAGCGGCAUAGUUCAAAUCGACCAGAUGUUGUGGACAUUAACGUAUCCUUGCAAUCGGAAGAAAACGAGAUUGUUGCAGAGGGUGUUGCCCACCUGGUCCUUUACGGAAUGCAAAGUGAGAGUACAGUGACGACCUUGAACCUUCGUCUUAAGGAAAAGAACAUCUUGAACUUGACCAUACCGGAAGGAUCCGCAGUCUCGACAGGUUCGGAAAAAUCCUCCAUAUCCUUUGGUCGAAACGCCUUCGUUCGAGUCCAACUCAGCACCAUUGCUGACCAGGUGGAGAGGCUUGAUAUGAGCAUUAGUUCCCGAACAUCUAGUAUGCAGACGGGCAAGGUUCAUAUUGGCAAUCUUAAGGAACGAAUGAAGGAACCAGACCUCUUGAAAAGGGCAAGGGAGCAAGCGACCAAAGAUGUCAAUCCAAGCAUGGCUCCCGGUGUCAUUGAAGAAGCACCCAGAUUUGGAUUCUUCUGCGGUGGAGGUAAUCUUACUCAGACAUUGUACCACGCAUUUGGUUUUGAAAGAGACAGCUCGAAUAAGGCGAACAAUCUUCGGUCCAACAUGACCUUUGAUUCCACCAUUAUCACACGAGAAUCCCUGCUGAUCUAG